AUGGUUCUGGACCAGAACUACAGAAACAACAGCGCUAACUCUGGAGCCUUUAGGGAUCCACAUUACUACAGGCAACAACAACAACAACAACAACAAUACAGGGACAACGACACGGCCGCAACAACAACAACAACAACAAUACAGGGACAACAACACGGCCACAACAACAACAACAACAACAAUACAGGGACAACGACACGGACGCAACAACAACAACAAUACAGGGACAACGACACGGCCGCAACAACAACAACAGCAACAAUACAGGGACAACAACACGGACGCAACAACAACAACAACAACAAUACAGGGACAACGACACGGACGCAACAACAACAACAACAACAAUACAGGGACAACGACACGGCAGCAACAACAACAACAGCAAUACAGCAACAACGACACGGCCGCAACAACAACAACAACAAUACAGGGACAACGACACGGACGCAACAACAACAACAACAACAAUACAGGGACAACGACACGGCAGCAACAACAACAACAAUACAGGGACAACGACACGGACGCAACAACAACAACAACAACAAUACAGGGACAACGACACGGACGCAACAACAACAACAAUACAGGGACAACGACACGGCCGCAACAACAACAACAGCAACAAUACAGGGACAACAACACGGACGCAACAACAACAACAACAACAAUACAGGGACAACGACACGGACGCAACAACAACAACAACAACAAUACAGGGACAACGACACGGCAGCAACAACAACAACAACAAUACAGCAACAACGACACGGCCGCAACAACAACAACAAUACAGGGACAACGACACGGACGCAACAACAACAACAACAACAAUACAGGGACAACGACACGGCAGCAACAACAACAACAACAAUACAGCAACAACGACACGGCCGCAACAACAACAACAACAACAAUACAGGGACAAAAACACGGCCGCAACAACGACAACAACAACAAUACAGGGACAACGACACGGCCGCAACAACAACAACAACAACAAUACAGGGACAACGACACGGCCGCAACAACAACAACAACAAUACAGGGACAACGACACGGCCGCAACAACAACAACAACAAUACAGGGACAACAACACGGCCGCAACAACAACAACAACAACAAUACAGGGACAAAGACACGGCCACAACAACAACAACAACAAUACAGGGACAAAGACACGGCCGCAACAACAACAACAACAACAAUACAGGGACAACGACACGGCCGCAACAACAACAACAAUAAAGGGACAACGACACGGCCGCAACAACAACAACAACAACAACAAUACAGGGACAACGACACGGCAGCAACAACAACAACAACAAUACAGGGACAACGACACGGACGCAACAAUGACAACAACAACAAUACAGGGACAACGACGCGGCCGCAACAACAACAACAACAACAAUACAGCAACAAGUACAUCAGAAACAACAACAACAACAACAAUACAGGGACAAAAACACGGCCGCAACAACGACAACAACAACAAUACAGGGACAAAAACACGGCCGCAACAACAACAACAACAACAAUACAGGGACAACGACACGGCAGCAACAACAACAACAACAAUACAGCAACAACGACACGGCCGCAACAACAACAACAAUACAGGGACAACGACACGGACGCAACAACAACAACAACAACAAUACAGGGACAACGACACGGCAGCAACAACAACAACAACAAUACAGCAACAACGACACGGCCGCAACAACAACAACAACAACAAUACAGGGACAAAAACACGGCCGCAACAACGACAACAACAACAAUACAGGGACAACGACACGGCCGCAACAACAACAACAACAACAAUACAGGGACAACGACACGGCCGCAACAACAACAACAACAAUACAGGGACAACGACACGGCCGCAACAACAACAACAACAAUACAGGGACAACAACACGGCCGCAACAACAACAACAACAAUACAGGGACAAAGACACGGCCACAACAACAACAACAACAAUACAGGGACAAAGACACGGCCGCAACAACAACAACAACAACAAUACAGGGACAACGACACGGCCGCAACAACAACAACAAUAAAGGGACAACGACACGGCCGCAACAACAACAACAACAACAACAACAAUACAGGGACAACGACACGGCAGCAACAACAACAACAACAACAAUACAGGGACAACGACACGGACGCAACAAUGACAACAACAACAAUACAGGGACAACGACGCGGCCGCAACAACAACAACAACAACAAUACAGCAACAAGUACAUCAGAAACAACAACAACAACAACAAUACAGGGACAAAAACACGGCCGCAACAACGACAACAACAACAAUACAGGGACAAAAACACGGCCGCAACAACAACAACAACAACAAUACAGGGACAACGACACGGCAGCAACAACAACAACAACAAUACAGCAACAACGACACGGCCGCAACAACAACAACAAUACAGGGACAACGACACGGACGCAACAACAACAACAACAACAAUACAGGGACAACGACACGGCAGCAACAACAACAACAACAAUACAGCAACAACGACACGGCCGCAACAACAACAACAACAACAAUACAGGGACAAAAACACGGCCGCAACAACGACAACAACAACAAUACAGGGACAACGACACGGCCGCAACAACAACAACAACAACAAUACAGGGACAACGACACGGCCGCAACAACAACAACAACAAUACAGGGACAACGACACGGCCGCAACAACAACAACAAUACAGGGACAACAACACGGCCGCAACAACAACAACAACAACAACAACAAUACAGGGACAACGACACGGCCGCAACAAUGACAACAACAACAAUACAGGGGCAACGACACGGCCGCAACAACAACAACAACAAUACAGGGACAACGACACGGCCGCAACAACAACAACAACAACAAUACAGGGACAAAGACAUGGCCACAACAAAAACAACAACAACAACAAUACAGGGACAAAGACACGGCCGCAACAACAACAACAACAACAAUAA